AUGUCUGCAAGACGACCGAUUACCGCUUCCGAAUCAGUUGGCUCAUUCCACACCUUCAUGGGACGCAAUUGUUCAAACAAAACAAAAGCACUCGCCCCAAAACUACCCGUAUUUCAGGUUAUCACAACGACGAUCAGAGUUCAUACAUGUCUGACCCUUUGGUCUCCACAACAAGGGCGGAUCAAGAUCGUCUCGGUUAUGCUUUUCGGCAAGCAAGGGGCACUGCUCCGGUUGAUCAACGGCCAAACUCUAAAAUGGACCGGCGGCGUUGAGACCAGACCACAUUUUCGCGGCUUCAAUUGGUACGCCCUAUCGUCUUCGCUCCCAAACUUCGCAAUAUGCAUCCUAGUCUUGUGGGACCAACCACCACGCAGCACUGACUUUCUGCAUGCGAUUUCAAUUGCUCGAGUUAAGCACGCAGUGAAAACACGUUUUCGCGGCGAACUCUUUGCAAUGUUGCUUAGUUGCUGGUUUGUCACUUCCGUGGACUUGUUCCACACGCCCACGUUUGUCAAAGUAGGGGCUAAAAGGGAGUAUUAUGCGGCGUCUUCAGUGACGGUCGUUAUUGCAAACAUGGAGUACCGAGAGUUGCCCGCCCGAGGAUCUGGGAGACAGCCUCCUAUUUUCCUUACGAAAGCAACUGGGGUACAAAUGUAG